UUGUACCGGUGCCUCUGCGCGGAGUUUACCGACAGACACGCCAGUGUGCCACUGUUGUUUCAACUUGUCUCCGCUGCUGAAAACACCUCUCCUCCCACCCUCCUCUCGCCGCUUUAAAACGCCACUUGGUCGAGCCCACCGGCCCCUGCUCGGUGUCAGUAGAAAUGGCUCAGACAGCCGCGGUUGUUUUUCUGUUGUCGGUCGUGCUGUCCGGUGUGUCCGCGGGAGUGUUUUUCAAGCCGAAGCAGCCCUGCUAUGUCCGCACACCGAGGAGAAGCGACUUUGGACUGAAGACCGCUCCUCGUCCUCAUGAGUAUUUAAACAUUAAUGAUCUACCCAAGGAGUGGGACUGGAGGAACAUCAAUGGCGUAAACUAUGUCAGCACAACCCGCAACCAGCACAUCCCCCAGUACUGUGGCUCCUGCUGGGCCCAUGGUAGCACCAGCGCCAUGGCAGAUCGCAUCAACAUUAAGCGGAAAGGAGCGUGGCCAUCCGCCUACCUCUCUGUCCAGCACGUGAUCGACUGCGGUGGUGCCGGCAGCUGCCACGGAGGGGAUCACACCGGAGUUUGGCGGUACGCUAACACACAUGGGAUCCCUGAUGAGACCUGCAACAACUACCAGGCUCAAGACCAGAAGUGCAAGCCCUUCAACGAAUGUGGCACCUGCACCACCUUUGGUGAGUGCAAUGUUGUGAAGAACUACACCCUGUGGAAAGUGGGAGACUACGGAGAUGUUAGCGGGAGAGAGAAGAUGAUGGCAGAGAUCUACGCCAGAGGACCCAUCAGCUGUGGGAUCAUGGCCACAGACAAGCUGGAUGCAUACACUGGAGGUCUCUACUCUGAAUACCAGGAGCAACCUUUCAUCAACCACAUUGUGUCAGUGGCAGGAUGGGGAGUAGAGGACGGAGUCGAAUACUGGAUUGUGCGCAACUCCUGGGGAGAGCCAUGGGGUGAGAAGGGCUGGCUCAGGAUCGUGACCAGUGCCUACAAGGGAGGAAGUGGCAGCACAUACAACCUGGCUUUGGAGGAAGACUGCAUGUAUGGAGACCCUAUUGUUCCUAAAGACUACCUCUAGAGGAAACCCACAGUGUCAGAGGUAGUCACUGCACACUCUCGUACCGUCUUCCUGUCUCGGGCAGAGGGAAACUUUUUAUAUGUAAAAGAUUGAAAAGGGAAGUUCAGAUUUAUUGUUUAUAGAGAUCUUAUUUACAAUUAUUUUUUACAUUUGUAAUGAGAUGGCCAGAUUUCAGUGCCAACAUCUCCUGGCUGGAUGUUAGGCCUGCUGGAAUCAGAUACAGAUUUUUAUUUGUUUGUUUUAAUCACACUGAGGUCUGCAGGCUGUUAAACAGUCUGAAACUUAUAUUGCGCAGGAGGAGUGAAACACAUCAGUACAACUAAUUUCUGUGCUAUAGAAGAAUUCAGCCACUGCAUGCUUAACAGCUAUUACAGGAUGAAUAAAUUAAGUUUAUAUCAUCAAGAGGAGGUAUUCAGUUUUAAUUCUUAAAUGCAAACUGACUCAGCCAAAGAACACGGGGUUUAUCAUUUGUCCUGCACUGCUCCGACACUGAAUGUUUUCAGCGUUUGGUGUCAAUGUAUUGACAUGAUUGCACUACAGCCUGAUGCAGGAUUUGUACACACAAAAAAAUCAACUUUCAGUGUGCCUUAUAUGCACUUGAUGUCAAGUAAAGUAUUAUGUAAUUUGCUGUUUGUUUUCAUGCUGAACAAUCUACACAUCAGAUUUUGAAAAAAAAAAACUGGUAUCUUUUGUUUCAAACUAUGCCAAUAAACACAACAUUGAAAGGUGAUGCUCCACACAAAA